UCUCAAACAUUUUUGGCAAGCAUGUCGACGCCUACGAUAUCGGCUCUAGAUUUCUCCGGUAAAAAUAUGGUUGACGAAGAGAAACACUCGCCAAUUAUGCGAUUUUAUCGAGAGAAAACGGUUUUUGUGACCGGCGCUACUGGUUUUCUUGGCAUUUUGUUCAUUGAGAAAUUGUUACGAUGUAAAGCGAAGACGGUCUAUGUGUUGGUACGACCGAAAAAGAAUAAUUCGCCGGCCGAACGGAUACAACAAACAUUUACUGGCGCAAUCUUUGCAAUCUUGAAGCAAAUAGAUCCAGACUAUUUGUCGAGAAUUAAGCUGAUCGAGGGUGACACGAGUAAAGCCGAUCUAGGAAUAUCAGACGACGACCGUGAGGAGAUCAUUUCGAUUGUUGAAAUUGUUAUACAUGCGGCGGCUGACGUUCGAUUCGACAAACCACUGCAAGAAUUGUGUUUCACUAACGUACGAGGAACGAGGGCUUUAACACAACUGGCCGAACAAAUAAAGAAUUUGAUUGUAUUUGCUUACAUAUCAACGGCAUUUUCUCAGUAUUAUCGGGAAAAAAUUGAGGAGAAAUUUUAUCCUCCGCCCUGUGAUCCGGAUGAAAUGAUUCGUAUCGCUGAGUAUUUCGAAGAACAUCAAACUGAAGAACUGAAUUUUUUAAGCGAUAAAGUUCUCGAGCCCUGGGCGAAUACGUACGUCUUCACUAAAGCUUUGUCGGAAGAGGUAGUUCGUCGCGUAGCACACAAAUUUCCGACAAUUGUAAUACGACCUUCAACGAUUAUUUCUACAUACGAAGAUCCGAUACCCGGAUGGACCAACAACAUUUAUGGAUUAAAUGGAAUUACCGUGGGAAUAGGGUUGGGUUUCAUAAAAGUUGCUAUGGGAAAUGAACAUUCGACAUAUAUUGAAGUGGUUUGCGCGGACUUCGUUACGAAUGGCACUUUAGCGGCAAUGUAUAACAAAGUAAAUGGAACGGAGAAUGUAUCAAAUAAGGUGGAGAAUUUUAUGUUUGACGGGAAAGAUGUGUCAUCAGCAAAAGCCGAAAGUCUGAGCAAAUUUGACUUAUCAAAUACGGUCGUGCACAUAACGUCUCAGGAUCUAGUUACUUGUGGCCAAAUGCAGGAAAGAAUGUUACAUUGGCAUGGCCAGUGUCCUUUAGUGGGAGCUCUUUCGGCUUCAUCUGUUUCAUACGCCACAGGAAUUAAGUUUAUUUUUAUGACAAUCCUGUGUCACCUAAUCCCAGCCAUUGUAUGGGAUGCAUUUUUCCGAUUGACUAACAACAAAAUUCGACUCUUACCGCUGUAUCGAAAGUACCACGACUUGGUGGAGAGAACUGCCUAUUUUUCUAAUCAUUUCUGGCAAUUUGAUCACCAAAAUAUGAAACGGAUCAUUGACAAUAUGGCCGAUGCCGAUCAACGAUAUUUCAACUGUGAUGUUUUUAAAUUUAAAACGUUGGAAUAUGCGCGUACUUAUCAGUUGGGAUUGAGAACAUACAUAGUAAAGGAACCAAUAGACGCCGCCCAGAUCGAUGUAGCUAAACGUAGAUACAGGAUUCUACGCGGUAUCUAUUACAUAACAUCAACCUUUUACUACGGCUUCUUGGGAUGCUUAUUGUACAUGCUCUUGCAUUUAACCGGUGUUGCGUCCUACAUACAACUUAUAUUUGCGCUAAGCGUAAACACGAACGCAUAAUAAA